AUGGUAUAUGGGAUUAAUUUUAUACUUUUAUUGCAACCAUUUUUGACCUUAACGGUAUUUGCAAACGAAGAUGCAAAACGAUUACAUGAUGACUUAAUGGUAAAUUAUAAUAAGCAUCGACGACCUGCUUCUGAACCCAACAAACCGAUCACAAUUAAAUUGAAGUUGCGACUUUCUCAGAUUAUCGACGUUCACGAAAUCGACCAGAUUAUGACUUGUAGUGUUUGGCUCAAGCAAGUUUGGGUUGAUAAAAAACUUUCUUGGGAUCCAAAGAAUUAUGGUGGUGUAAGCGUACUAUACGUACCAUAUGAAAUGAUUUGGGUGCCAGAUAUUGUACUGUAUAAUAACGCUGAUAGCAACUAUAAUAUUACGAUUAGUACGAAAGCAACACUGCGAUAUGAUGGCGAAGUAACGUGGGAGCCACCUGCCAUCUUUAAGAGUUUAUGCCAAAUUGAUGUGCGAUGGCACUUUUUGUUAAGCAGUUAUAAUUUGUUUAGGUUUCCCUUCGAUGAACAACGCUGUCAUUUCAAGUUUGGUUCUUGGACAUAUUCUGAAGAUUUACUAAAUUUGGAGCUGUUAGGAGGUGAACCUCGUUAUGAACUGGAGGUCAAUGAAAAUGGCGAAGUAGAUAAUAUCACUAUUGUUGAUGACGGAAUCGAUUUAUCUGAUUAUUAUCCAUCAGUUGAAUGGGAUAUAAUGUCCCGAGUAGCAAAACGACGAACCAAAAACUAUCCAAGUUGCUGUCCAAAUGGAGCAUACAUUGAUAUAAUGUACUAUUUGGAAUUGCGUCGCAAACCGUUAUUUUAUACGGUAAAUUUGGUUUUUCCUUGUGUUGGCAUAUCAUUUCUUACUAUUCUUGUAUUUUAUCUACCAUCACAUAGCGGUGAAAAAGUUACACUUUGCAUAUCAAUUCUGGUUACUUUAACUGUUUUCUACUUAUUAUUGACUGAAAUUAUCCCGGCAACUAGCAUAAGUUUACCUCUCAUUGGUAAAUAUUUAUUAUUUACUAUGAUUAUGGUAACGCUCAGUGUGAUAGUUACUGUUAUAUCUCUGAAUCUGCAUUUUCGAACACCUACAACUCAUAAAAUGCCUAAAUGGGUAAAGUGGCUGUUUCUGAAGACAUUGCCAAAACUGCUCUUUAUGAGACAACCGUUGAAUGAUAAUCAUGAAUCUUUCCGUAAAAUUGGUAAACGAAGUGGAGAACUGUGUGAACGAGUAACUAUGAAUUAUCACGGUUAUUACGUAAAUGGUGAUGACAGCAGAAGUACAGCUUCGGCUGAAUUCAACGAACGAAUUCAGAAACUUUACAGUUCACCAUAUGUUAUCAAGGCUUUUGAAAAUAUCUGCUUCAUCGCAAAAUUACUCAAAAAAAAAGAUCGUGAUGAUAAGGUGGAUGAAAACUGGAAGUAUGUUUCAAUGGUAUUGGACAGAUUAUUUUUGUUGUUGUUCUCAAUAACUUGUUUUGCAGGAACUAUCACAAUCUUUCUUCAGGUAAAACAUUUGUAUUAUUCUCAAGCACCGAUACUGUACGAUACUCGACAAGCGAUCGACUUACAAUAUCGACCUGCAAAUAUAUCCUAA